UUUGCUGGUCCAGGUAGUAAACAAUCAUGGCGGACGGUGAAGGUUUAGCUCCUGUGUAUUUUGCAGUCAGUAACAUUCCUGUGGCCUUUCGCUCGGCGGACCUGAGAAACUAUUUCAGUCAGUUCAUAGAAAGCGGAGGUUUUCAGUGUUUUCACUACCGUCACCGGCCGGAGGUUCUCAGAGAGUCCGAAGGCCACGAAAACACAGAGCGGGCUGACAAAGAGGAGGGAGGCUCACACUCUCCGGAGACCGGCCAGGCCACAGAAAACGGCUCAGUGAAGAAGCAGGAGCUGAGGUCGUGCUGUUGUAUCGUCUCAGUUCACGCCAAAGACGCUGACAGGUUCGUCAGGAUGUAUGCGGGGAAUCACUGGAUUGACUCGAAGGGGACUUGGCUGUCCAGACGCUGUGUUAUCAAAAGAGUCAAGGUUUCACAUGACAAAGAUGAUGAAUUGUUCCCAUAUAAAACAAAGUACGAGCAGCGGCACCAUGUUUCGUUAACUGAGCAUUUCACAGAGGCUGACCUCAAAAGCUUAUCCGAGCUGAAUCCACCCUCUCUGAUGCAGAAUGGGAAUGUGGGCACAUCAGUGAAAGUGUUCCUCCAGCUCAUCCAGUCCUGCCGACUGCCUCCGCGUCUCAUCCGGAAGUUAGGCCUCACUUUCCCCAAGACCGGCUCCAACCGUCGUUACGGCAACGUACCUUUCCAGUAUCAGAACACUUGCACACUUCCAGCUACAGAGGAGACGGUAUUAACAGCUUCUGGACAUGAAAUAUCAGGACCAGGCCCUUUGGCUGCUUCAACCUCUAAAUCGAGGCAGCUAGCUGAUAGCACAGAAACAACAGAGACCGAUGAGCCGCAGAAAGAGGAGGAGGAGGAUGCACAGUCAAAUGCAGAUGAUGAUGAUGACUGCUGUGAGGAGUGGGAGCGCCAUGAGGCUUUACAUGAUGAUGUAACGAGCCAGGAGCGAAGCAAAGAGAGGCUGUAUGAGGAAGAGAUUGAGCUGAAGUGGGAAAAGGGCGGCUCAGGCCUGGUGUUUUAUACUGACGCCCAGUACUGGCAGGAAGAAGAAGGAGAUUUUGAUGAACAAACAGCAGACGACUGGGACGUUGACAUGAGCGUUUACUAUGAUAAAGAUGGAGGUGACAUGGAUGCCCGUGACUAUGUCCGAAUGCGUUAUGAAAAGAGGCUGAGGGAGGGUCUUGAAGAUGGAUCUGGAACCAGUCAAUCUAUUGGUAGCUUUGAGAGGUUCACUAAGGGCAUUGGUCGUCGUGUGAUGGAGAAGCAAGGCUGGAAGGAUGGCGAAGGGUUGGGGAACAGUCAAAUUGGAAUCCCUGAAGCCCUAGAGAAUGAGGGCCAACAUCCUAACUGCAAAAGGGGUUUCGGGUAUCAUGGGGAGAAGUUGCUCUUACAUCCUGCGAAAAAGGCCAGGACAGAUUUCCAUAUAACAACAGUGUACGAUAAACCGAAAGACAUAGAUGGAGGUGACACCUUGCUGAGACGCCAACCAAACACCAGUAUGAAAUACAGAGGCUGGCAGCCAGGUGGCAGCAUUGGACCGCGGCGAUGACUUAAUUAUUUUGUACAUAUAUAUUUUGAAUACUUAUUUGUCUGGCUUUGAUAUUAAAACAUUUUUGC